AUGGCGCCCCGAACGUCCCGAUUACUCGCGUCCGCGUCCGCGGCUGCCGACAAGGCACACGAGCCCGAAGACAACAUUAGCCUCGACGAUGCAGAGCAACUUUUGACACCCGAGAACAGCCGCUCUGAGACAUCGAGCAACAACGAAAACGCGUUGACAGACGAAAACACCGCGGGACGGCGGAGGUCAACACGAGUCGCACGCGCAUCGCUGGCCGGUCAGCCGCUGGAUGAUACACCUGAGAAGAAUGAAUCCACCGCUUGCUCCAGCGAGGCCUACGUCGCUAGCCUCGCCAACGCAAAAAGAUCACAUUCUUCUCUGCGGCACAGUAUCGCCGUGAUGGAAAAUUCCUUGCGGAGCGGUACGCCAGACGAUGCUGCUGCGGCAGAUGACCACCCAAUGGCCCCCGAUACCCCAGUCUCGGAGUCUUCCCAAGAGUUACAAUCCGAGGACAUAAAUAUGUCGCUUCAACAACGGGCCUUACGGAAGAGCGCGGAGAAGAUAUUGGAGGAAGAUGAGGGAACACCCAAAGCGAAGCCAACCCCAACUCGCACCGCUUCCCGCAAGUCUUUACGGCGGUCAGGUCGCAUAGGUAUUUUGGAUAAGGCCUCUGAUCUCGUGAGCCGGGCCAACAGUAUUCUGGGAAAGCGUACGAGAAGUACAGCAGAUAAGGAACUCGGUCGUCGUGCUAGUCUCCGGCCGCGUAUUCUGGCCCCGACAAAGGAGGAGAAUGAGCAUGCAACGAAGAAGCGCCGAGUCUCGGAGAGUGAUCUGUCGAAGCUUAAAACUCAGGAAUCGCCUGCCCCCGAAGAAUCGCCCGAACCAUCCUCGCCUCGACCUAAACGCAAGCUGUGGCUGUCUCACGGUCUCUAUACUGGCCAGGAACCUUCGGACUCACCUCCUAAACAGCGCCGGAGUAAGAAUUCCAAGAAGACUGGAACUGGUCCCAUGCACCGUACUAUUCUUCCUAUGCCUAUGUUCAAGGGCGCUCGGCUGUUGAAGAAUGGCAGAGAUUAUCAGCUGCCAUAUGAUGUCUUCUCACCUCUCCCGCUUGGUCAACCCAAGCCCGAUGAGUGGCGCAAGACCAACAAGAAUGUUUUUGUUGGUGAUGCCGGAAGCUUUUGGAAAGCGAACAAGAACCUUGAGCUGUCAACUUGCAUGUGUGAGGAAGAAACUGGCUGCGAUGAGAAUUGCCAGAAUCGUUACAUGUUCUACGAGUGUGACAAUGGUAACUGCAGGCUAGGUCCAGAAUGUGGGAAUCGAAACUUUGAGGGACUCAAGCACCGAACCAAGGCCGGAGGCAAGUACAAUAUUGGAGUGGAGGUCAUCAAGACCCAAGAUCGUGGCUAUGGCGUCCGCAGCAACCGCUCCUUUGAUCCUAACCAGAUUAUUGUGGAGUAUACCGGAGAGAUUCUCACACAGUCUGAGUGCGAGAAGCGGAUGAGAACAGUGUACAAGAACAACGACUGCUACUAUCUCAUGUACUUUGAUCAAAACAUGAUCAUUGAUGCGACUCGUGGCUCCAUUGCUCGCUUUGUCAAUCACGCAUGUGAGCCCAACUGUCGUAUGGAAAAAUGGACAGUCGCUGGAAAGCCUCGCAUGGCCCUUUUCGCGGGAGAUCGUGGAAUCUCCACCGGAGAGGAAUUGAGUUACGAUUAUAAUUUCGAUCCAUACUCGAACAAGAACGUGCAACAAUGCCGCUGUGGAUCAGAAAACUGUCGAGGGUUCCUUGGCCCGCGACUGAAGGAUAAGCAACAGCGCGCCAAAGAACUUGAACAGAAGCGAAAGGCUGAUAGCCUGAAGAAAGGCAAGAAAGUCAUCGGAAAAAAGCGCAAAGCCGCAGCAGAGUCUUCGUCUGAGUCCGAAUCUGAUUCCGAGUCUGAUUCUGAGUCUGAAUCGGAGUCUGAGUCCGAGGAAGACGAGCCUCCAAAGAGCAAGCGUCGCAAGCUGAUGUCAACGAAAUCAAUCCGAGCUGGUGUUAAGAAGGCCGUGGCAACUGUCCGCGGAAAGAAGACCACGAAGACCACGAAGACAACAGCAAAGACCAAGGUCACCGCGAAGGCGAAGAACGUCAAGUUGCCUAAAGUCAAGGCUACAGGGCGAAUGAAGGCUGCUGUACGUGGCACCAAAACCACCAAGGCCACCAAAGCUACUAAAGGCAUCAAAGCGACUAAAGCUACUAAAACGGCACCAGCUUCACCUGCUAAUAAAUCAACAACAAAGCUCAAGCGUCCAUCUGCUGAGACCAAGAGAAAGAUCCUCGCUACUGCUUCCAAGGGCUCCGUAGGUCGUCCUCGCAAAAAUGCUGCGCAAAAGGCUCCUACCAAGAGUCCUGUCAAGGCCAAGGUCUCGACCACCAUUUCCAAAAGCCCUGCAAAGAAAGGCCUAGGCAGAAAUGUCAAGAGCGUUGCUCGCCGUGUUGUGCGAUCUGUCAGGGGAACAAAGAAAGCUUGA